CACGCUCCUCCAUCCGCCAACCCGUUCGUCCUCUCUUGGUGGGAUAUCCUGGCUUGCCGUGCGGUGCAGUGCGGAGACGACAACAACGACGACGACGCGGGCCUCCACGGGAACCCAUCUUUUCCCGUUCGUGUCAUCCGUCCGCCAAAUCAUCGAUAGCUGCUCGCGUCCCUGCACGACGUGUCGAGUUCUCCGCGUCGCGUGCUGGUGGGCUGUCACGGUCUGCGUCCCCAGCCUCCAUCCAACCAUCCCCCCUCCCCACAACCACAACCACCUUGCAACAGCCACGCGACCACGUCCACGCCUGGACUUGUGUGAAGCAGCGGGAAGAAGAAAAGGACCGCCUUUGGAGGACCCUUUCUUCCCCCCGUCGACCUUCGGCCCCAGAGCAUGGUGCCGAGGUACGACCUACUUCAUGGCCACCAUCUCCAUCUCUCCUUCGCCAGCUCCUCUAGUGGCCAUGUCUUCCCGGCGAGCUCCUCUCACAAGCAACCCCAAUGUCGCCAACUCGCCUCUCCGAGCCCCCUCGGCCCUGAAUGGGCAUCCCAAACAGAAGAGGUCCUACGCCACCGUCCAGCGUGAGGAGGCUUACGGUCAGCCGCCUCCGGUGAAGAAGCAGGCUCUUGAGAAUGGCUCUCGUCCCGUCCGCUCUCCGUCCAAGGUGGCGGCAACAGCCGCCGCGACCCGUACACAUGUUCUUGUGCAGCGUGGCGGGACCGCUCGUCAGACGAUGUCUAGGGACCGCGUCUCGAGGGCCGCUCCCGCAGCUCAAUCCACGAGAACCGGCCAGGAGGCAGACACGCAGGUCUGGCGGAGCCACUACAAGGCCAAGUUCCCCAAGAUGGUGUUCUACUUCGAAAGCAUCCCUGAUGAUGUCCGCGCAAAGUUGGUCAAGCGAGUGACGUACUUUGGUGCCCGUCACGAACCCUUCUUUUCGAUCGACGUGACGCAUGUAAUUACAACGAGGCAGAUCCCGUCCGAGCGACCCCAGUCAUCUGGCCAAGGUGCCGCCGAGCCGUCUGCGUCGGACCACCAGCAGUCUCAGCAGCGCCAGCAGCAAGAUGAGCCCGAGGAACAGCAGCCGCAGACUAUAAACCCGUCGUUGCUCGAUAGGAAUACCGCCGCACGACGGAAACUCUUUCUUGAUUUCCGCCAGGCGUCUGUGUCGUCGCAGCAGCUGGACGACCCUGCCAAGCGGAACAGGGCUCGUAACAACGACAUCUUGCACAAGGCUCGGGACAUGGGCAAGAAGAUCUGGCCCUUGGAGAAGUUCCAAAACAUGCUGUCGGUGCUGUUGGAGGCGGAGCACCAGGGCGGUAAUGCUUCACGCAACUCAACCGUGCGAAACCACUACGGCGUGUCCAAAAGCUCUCACGAGCCGAACCUGCUCCAGCUCUUGCACAACGAGCGUAUUAAUGGCCCCUCGGACCGAGACCCAACCGCCGUCAACAGAGAGCUGGUCUACUUCAAGGGGCCCUUUAUUCACGUCUGGGACAUGGACGAGAAGCAGAAGCCUAUUAUGGUGCGCGAGUAUCCAAAGGUUGCCAGCAAGCAGGAUGGCGAGUGGCCACAGUUCCGAAGCGUCGGCAACGGACGCUGCCCCUUUGUUGAGGAAAUCGACGUCCCUGACAAGGAACAGCGAAGAAGUCGAGAGCGCGAGAAGGCACGGGCGGCCGCUGCCGCUGCGGUGGCUGCGGCCAAGAGGGAAGAGGCGGCACAGAUCCCCAUCCUGAAGCCACCAGAGAUGCCAGUAGUUAAGCCGGUGACCGGGAAGCGGACGCUGAUGGAAAUGGAGGACGGGCAUAACAGGGGUCUCCGAGCUGUCACGCCGACGGAAAUGCACAAUCCCACCAAGGUCGUUGCCCCGAAGCUGACGGAUUCCCGACCGCAGAACGCGUUCAUUAGCCGCGCGGAAGGCGGCCGACUCUUUGCCGGGGAGCCUGUGGCCUCUGGCAUGCAGCCGUCAAACAUUACAUCCGCCAUCCGGUCGCAGAUGAUCUCGUCGACGUCUGGCAUCAACGGCGUUAAAGCGGGCACGAGCAAAGAGGUUCACGGCCUUCAGCGCAAAGUGCUGCAGAAGGCGGCCCCUGCGUCUCAGGACCCCAGCUCCCGCCGUCUGGCAGAGGUUUCAAUGGAAGUUGCAUCUAGCCGAUCGACCAACAUGGGCCGCCAGACGUCCAGAACGGUGCAGACCCCGGAUGAGGAUUCCCAGCGCACAGAUGGCAGGGACAAGCGUGCACAGUCACAGACGCUGAAGAGCAAGAAGGACUUGAAGCCGGGCUACUGCGAGAAUUGCCAGGACAAGUUCAGAGACUUUGACGAGCAUAUCCUGUCGCGCAAGCAUCGCAAAUUCGCUGAGAACAACGACAACUGGAGCGAGCUCGACCAGCUACUGUCUCAGCUCAAGCGAAUGCCAAAGUACCCCGGCGCGGACUCUGAUGACGAGACUUGGUAAUGCCCGAACAGCUCCUGCAUCCGACAGCACAAAACCGUCCCAGUCAAGCGCCAAUCCUCAGCUACGACCCUGACAUGACAUCGAUGGCCACGUUGACCACACUUGUACGCCUCCAGACAGAGGCUCGCACCCCCCUCCCACGCGACUCGGCUUUUCUCCUUCCUGCAUUUGCAGUCAGAUUCUGCAGCAUCCAAGGCACCUUGCACCGAAUUGAUACCACCCUUUUUUGCUGGCACGACCCGCCGCGAGCUGCACACUGGCGCGCCUCCGAUGGGAGCAACAUUGCCCUGCUCUCCUCGGUUUCUUCUUCGCCCUCACGUUCAUUACGGUUUCCCUUCUGUCAAGGUCACACGAACUGCAUGCGAAACCCGGCGCAGCGGCAUGGUUUGGCAUUUUCUUCUUUUUUUCCUGAACGGCACGUCAUAGCAGAGGCGUUUAUCGUUCCAUUCUUGGUCCCAUCUUCUAUAUUCUUCUUCUUCUCCUUCCUUUCAUGCCUUGUUUGAUUGCCGCUCUAAAGACGAGAGUGGUGGGGGAUAAUGAGUCAGGUGGCAGCGGUCAUGGCAUCGUUGUGAUGCGGAGUUUUGCGUGGUGGAGGGUGUCAGUGAGGGGGAUGAGACGUUGGUGGCGGGGGGGCAACGGAACAGACUUAUGGGGAGCGCCGUGUGUGAGCGGUAACUCUGUACAUGUACUGGUUUAGCACGUUAUGUGUAGCUUACAUGUUACAAUGAUGAAGUUUAAGACAAGCGGCCGUACAGCUAAAUCUUGUACUUUCACGGUGUUGCACGGGGAACAGCACUUUGGUGCGACGGUG